CACUUCCUGUUAAUUUCUAUUGGUCAAUGGGGGUUGUGGGAAAAUUGAAAUCAACGUUUGAAACAACUGAUUCUGGAACCUUAUUUUGGUUGUGCUGAAAACUUCUGCAGCUGCUGUUUGUGGCCAGACUAUGGGAGAUCUUCCAGAUGUCCAGAUCACUCCUGAGACUCCAGGGAGGGCAGCUAUCCGUAACCCCUUCGAGAGCCCCAACGACUACCAUCGCCUGCAAGAAUCCGUGGUCCCCAGCCCCUCUGUCUUCAAGUCCUCCAAGACCUCCGGAACCACACCAGCCAAGUUUAAAUGGGACAUAGAUGAGAUGUCUAGCCUGCUCCCUGUGGACAUAGAUGCUGAGGAUAUCCACCGCCAGUCCUUGUACCUCAGUCAGACCAGGAUGGAUUCUGACAUCGAGGAGAAACGUCAGAAUGCCAUCGAGCAGUUUUUCACUAAAGGUGCCAUUGUGCCUUCACCAUGGACAGAACCAACAAGCAAACAGAAAUCAGCACAGGUGCACUUUGGGAAGAGUUCCAUGUCCCCACUGAUACUAGAAGAGCCACUACCAACUAAAAAGACCACAGUAGGCUGCCAGACAGUCCUGUCCUUACCUGUGGACUUCCACCUGGACAAAAUAUUAGGAGAAUACUACAGAUUGAAGGAGGUGUCUCAGCAGGAUCAGGUUCAGGAGACCCUGAGCUCCUCGUCUCUGAGACGGAAGUUGUUUUUGGACGGCCAAGGGAGUGGCUCUGAGUCCUCCAACCCCCCCAGCCCAGAAGGAGGAGGGGGGGAAGGAGAGCCCCCUGGGGGAGGAGAUAGAGAUUUCCUCUCACCCAUGAGCGCCUCUCCUCUGUCCUGCCCGUUGUCUGGCAUGUCUGCCCUGACCCCCUCCACUGGUCUUUUCUCGUCCAGCCCUAUCCAGGGUCGUUACCGAACCUACAGCCUGGGAAGUGUCACCAGCCCCCUGUGCCCUGAGCGGUCUUCUCCUGCUGGCUUCCAGUCCCCUGCCCUGUCCCCCAUCGGGCCCCAGUUCACACAGACACCCGUAGCAGGAGAGAGGAGGAAGCUGAGCUUCGUGACCCCUGAAGGUGUUCCCCUAGACAUGGACAUCAACUCCUGUACAGAGAGCCCCUACGUAGACGGCUCCCCGGGCCGGACCCAGGUCAACCCUCAGCUCAGACCCAGAGCCCACUGCUGGGCCUCACCCCCAACCAUCUCCCCCAACCCUUCCCUCCAGCCCCCGGGCCGGACCCAGGUCAACCCUCAGCUCAGACCCGGAGCCCACUGCUGGGCCUCACCCCCAACCAUCUCCCCCAACCCUUCCCUCCUGGACCAGGGCAAUAUGUGUCCUACUUCACUACCACCCAUGGAGAUGGGCUCCUGUUCCCCCUCUCCGGAGCCGUGUUUACCCAGGACCAGUGGGGGUCUGCUGGGGAUGGAGAGGCUGUGUGAUGGGGGUUCGGGGAUGGACCAGCCUCUGUUGGACUCAGUGAAGAUGGAGGAGGAGGUGGAGGAGAACGGCGAGGUGGAAGUGGACCUCCCUGUGGAAGAGGAGGAGGAGGAGGAAGGAGGUGUGACUCCUGUUGGUGUCCGGUUGACCAGCUCCCGUGUGGGGGCGAGCGUGAUGGCCGCGGAGGCGUCUCAUAUGUUUGUGUCUCUGCUAGCUGAAGGAAGCAGCAUCCCUUAUGACAACAGCAUGCAGGUGGACAGUGGGUACAACACAUACGCUGGCACCGCCAGCCUGAUAGAUGCCACGAGUUCAGACAGCCAGAGUAAGGAGUCCUUUGACGCAGCACACAACCCCGACGAGGUCUUCCCUCACAGCAGACACACUAAGACCAAGGUAACGGAACCCACAGCAGACACACUAAGACCGAGGUAACGGAACCCACAGCAGACACACUAAGACCGAGGUAACGGAACCCACAGCAGACACACUAAGACCG